AUGACUUAUAUAGCUUCACUUUUGACGGAUGAACAACUCAUGGCUUAUGUUCUCAAUAUGCGGGAUAUAAUUCAUAAAACUAGAUCACUAUCGAGAGACCUGAAAUAUAUUCCUGAAGCUGCGGUUGCACCACAGACAACUGCCGAUACACCAGAAGAAGACGAGAAGCCAGGUCAUGAAGAUCCGCACGACCAACAUCAUGACAACUCUUUAAUAACCGUUCACAUAGAUGCUACGGUAGUCUCUUCCGAAGAAGAAGAUGCUAUUUCAAUAAAUUCAGAGGAACUUAAUGAAUUUUAUAACAACUUGAACAAAGAUACUGACACCUAUGGAUUACGCGUUGUAUGUCAGCAUGCAGGGCCACCGAAUACGAACUCAAAACAAACAAUCUUCAAAAUUUUCCGGUAA